AUUAUAUCAAUGAAUUUGAUCCUUCAAGCUAUGAAAUUAUUGAAAAACAACCAUUUGAUUCAAUAGCAAAACAUAAAUUCAUUCGUCUUUAUUUCAAAAAUCUAACCAAAAGAAAAGAAGCAUUAAAGUUGAUUGAAGAAAAAAAAGAAAAAAUAGAUAAAAAUGUGAAUAGAAAAGAAUUUGAUGA